GGUGUACUUUUCCUCGACAGGUGCCGGCAGGGUAUAAGUUGAUAUCGUCGUCAUUAUGGCUUUUCAGUUGAUAUUCUUCAGGUUCCUUUCAAAGACGACUGAAUGUGAAAGGGUCACUUUUGGGCAGUUAUAGAUAUGCAUACCUACCCGGCCGAGAAAUAACCACCCAGUAAGAGGGGUCUCUCGGACACGGGCCAGCAGAUCCUUGAUCAAGAUAAGGGCCGUGGCAAUCGUGCAUUGCGCGCCAUAUGCCGGCUGGAUUCGCGAUCACUUGGCGGUUCAGGGCAGUUUGCGGCAUUGCGAAGGGCGGGGUCGGGAUGGCGUGAUAAAGUUAUGUACCGGAUGGCAUCAUCGCAGGACUGCUCGAAGGACCAAAACUUUUGGCAAAGAACAUGCAAGUUUAAGAACAACACACUGAUGCCAAAAAAUGAGACUUGGUCCGUGGGUCUUUCGGAUUUGUGUCGUGGUAAGUGUACGGGGCUUGCACAGGGGAUCGCGGAAGUACUGCCUGCCUCAGCGUACAUGCCCCUGACUGAAGAUCGGCGAAUCACAGCCUGCGCUGGCAUCAGCUUUAUCAGAAAUGAUGUGAUACAAGAGACAAGGAACAGCGACCGGGACAAUUUUGGAGCAAAAAAAUCGGUCGCUGGGUCGUAUACAGUAGGCAAGGUCGAAGUGGAGGUCAGGACGAGAAUAUUUGAUAGCUCCAAGUUCCUGGUGACUGUUCAUAAAUUGCAUCCUAAUCACCUGUAAAUGCACAGGGUAGUAAUCAAAGAGCCAUUGACAUAUCCAGCAUCUGAUUGAUCCUGUGAGACGCUACACGCCAUGUCACCCUUGCUGGCUAUCAGCAGGCACCUUUAUCAACACACAAGCUGCGGUCGGAAUGACGUGCCUGCCAGUAAAUCGGUCAUGAUUUCCAAGCAAUGUCAGCGUCUCCUCUCGGCGACGGAUUGCCUUUAUGAGGGCAAAGUCGCUUGACUGUUAGCUGGUCAAAUUUACUCUCAUACUGCGCAAUUUCCACGAUGGCGUACAGUGAACG